UAUUAUCUGUAUUAGCCCCAUCUCUACUAACCCUAUCAUCUAUACUAGCCCUAUUAUUUAUUCUAGCCCUACUAUCUAGAUACUAGCCCUAUCAUCUAUACUAGCCCUAUUAUCUGUAUUAGCCCCAUUAUCUCUACUAACCCUAUCAUCUAUACUAGCCCUAUUAUUUAUUCUAGCCCUACUAUCUAGAUACUAACACUAUCAUCUAUACUAGCCCUAUUAUCUGUAGUAGCCCCAUUAUCUCUACUAACACUAUCAUCUAUACUAGCCCUAUUAUCUGUAUUAGCCCCAUUAUCUCUACUAACACUAUCAUCUAUACUAGCCCUAUUAUCUGUAGUAGCCCCAUUAUCUCUACUAACACUAUCAUCUAUACUAGCCCUAUUAUCUGUAUUAGCCCCAUUAUCUCUACUAACCCUAUCAUCUAUUCUAGCCCUAUUAUUUAUUCUAGACCUACUAUCUAGAUACUAGCCCUAUUAAUUCAGCAAUUCACGCAUUUUGCUUUAUAGGGAACAGAAAAUGGUUAAAAUAGUUAGGGUAAUGGUUAAAGGUGACUCAUGACAAAACUUAAAAAAAAUAUCGAUCAAUUGAAGAACCUUUUAAGGGAAUUUUUGUUGCCUACGGCUAGCGACGCCCCUCAAAUGGUACGGGCAGGUUGUCAGUUUCAUACGAAACUAGUCUAUGAUCAUCCAAAAAGCACGUUAAGUUUAUGUCAUCAUCCAAACCUAAAUAGAAUGAAGAAAUCAGUUUUUUAUUCACUUUAAACGUGGAGCAUCAGGACGACCCUAAGAUGUCCUGCCGAGUAGUUUGGCUCGUGUUCGCUAAGGCAUCUCAGAAUAACCACAAGCGUCAAUUUGGAUCUAAUCAUGAGCAUUACAACGUGCUCCGCCGAACAGCUUUUCAAGCUGACUCUGGGACUAAAAGAAGCGAGGGAACAAUUGCUGGUACCUUCAAAAUCAACGACGGCAGUGUAGUAGGCGUUGGAGUUUACGAAAUUGGAAAAGAUGGCAAGGUGGACAUCGACCUUAAAAUAAAGAUAAUACCUUCAAGGUCAGGUGGUGCGGGAGGAGGAGGCAAUACCCCUAAUAUGGCACCGGCAGGGGGUGGUAGUACCCCUCCCGAGGCACCAGGAGGGGGUGGUAGUACCCCUAAUGAGGGACCAGGAGGGGGCGGAAGUAACUCUGCAGAGGCACCCGUAGGCGGCGGUAGCACCCCUAAUGAGGGAGAAGGAAGUACCAGCCCUUCUCAAGCUGCGGGAGGUGAUGACGACCAAAUCGCGUUAUCUGUCCACAAUAAGUUUCGCGAAGUGCACAACGCUCCGCCCAUGACCCUCAAUACUGAAAUGUCUAAAGCUGCAAAAAAUUACGCCGAGAAACUUGCAAGAACGCGUACAUUCCGACACGCCUCCGAGGGGGAGAGAGAUGGCGCUGGCGAAAACUUGUCUUUUGGAUGCUCUUCAAAAAAGAGACAAACUCCAGAGGAAGCCGUUACGUUAUGGUAUAACGAGGUUUGUAAUCCCGGCUACACCUUUGGCGGGAAAAAGGAAAGGGGCACUGGUCACUUUACGCAGGUUGUGUGGAAGACAAGUACGGAGCUUGGGUUUGGCUCAGCGUCCGCUGAGCAGGGUGGCAUGAAAUGCACAUACUACGUCGGGAGAUACAAAGAGGCUGGUAACCAGCCUGUAGAUUACGAUAAAUACGUCGAGAAGGGUAGCUUUGAUAAGCAAUCUUACUGCCCAAAAGUGAGCAAAAAAGCUAUGUUUUUUAAACUCUAAUUUGCUACACUAGCCAGCAAACAAAUAUGUAUACUUUUAAAUCUUAUUAAUCGAAUUAAUGAUAAAUAAAUGAAUAAAUAUUAUUUUUGGACCGAA